GGGCCCAAUGAACUCCUGCUGGCUUUGGGUGACCAGAAGAAGCAACUGAGCCCCAAGGUCUCCACUCUGGCAUUCAGUUGAUGUUUAGGGAUAUCUAUAGCGAGUCAGAAUGCACAUUAAUGUUUCAAAAGAUGCCUCGAGCCGGAUUCCAGUUAGCUAUAUAUGACUCUAAAUCUCUAAUGCGGAUAUCCAUUGCAAUUGGCUCUUGUUGUACUUCAUCAUCCUCUGACCUACCCUGCAAAGUCUAAGUUUUGGUGCUACACCGCCGGAUUUCAUUAUGGCGGAGCUUCUUUAUGCUGCUCUCGUUGCACUGUUCUUUCUCGGCUCUGGAUUUAUAUUGGCGACCAACAAGACAAGCAGAGCCGUAGUAUUAGACCGAGUCCGCUUUCGCCGCCGACGGUCAUCACAGUCCAAGACCCCUCCACGAUCGCUGUCACCUUCUACGAAGGAAGGUCGUUCUUUGGGACUCUCGGAGUAUGCAGAUACUUUCCCGCCGUCUCGAAGGUGCGCCGUGAGCGACCUGGGCCCCGACUGCCCAUUGUUGAAAGAUCGGACUCUGGUGGAGUUUAUCUCGACUUGUCCUGGCUCACGAACGUCCUUGGCUCCCAUGGACCUCCCUUUCUCACAGUGGAGUCCCAACCACUAUACGUGCAUGGAGUUCUCUAAAGAGGAAAUCGAGGCGCUGGGUGGCUUUCCUGACUACGCUGCGCUAAGCGGAGUUCCUCUUCCACAGCCCUAUCAUGAAUUUGAUAUUGACACAGCUAUGUCACGGCCAUAUCGGCCAUUCAGAUGGAGUUACCACCAGACCAUGUCAUUGACAAAGAUGGAAUCCGACUGGUGGCUUGAACUUGCGAAGGGAUACGCUGAUCGAGUCCAGCAACGGCAAGGAAUAUAUGAAAAGGUCGGGAAAUGCGUGCUGGACUCGCUCCCUGGUUCUGAACUUGCAUGCCGAGAGCUGAUGGAGAUGGUCGUCCAAUUCCUCUGCGCGCGGUAUCCGCAGUACUUCCGACUGGACAAGGCUACAAUGACCCUGCAUAACGCCAUACUAAACACAACAUCGGACCUCCGGAAGAUUGAUCCCUUAGAAGUCAUCAUGAACAACAUACCAGAAGAUUUUGCGAUUAUGCUUCGCAACCCGGAGACUGGCAUCUACCACCUUCGAGCGGGCGUCAUCUGCAGCGCCCUUGGAUGGAACCUGGGGACGAAGAUGGGCAUGAAGCUAGAUGAGAUCCACGGUCCUAUUCCAGACUACAAGGAGAAGAUGCAAUUCUCAAUGGACAGAUACUUCGCAAAGAAACCAUCCAACAAGUCCAUCCAGCGCAGCUCCUGGGGCCUCGAGGUCGACGAACCGCUCUAUAUGCCACCCGGCGAUCCCCACGAGAAGUACCGCGAUUCGCAAAGUCCCGAGCUCAACAUCGACCGCUGCAACCUCCGCGUGGACUGGCAGACUUUACGGCGCCUGCCGCUAUCGGGUGCCAUCAUCUUCAACUUCAAAGCUCUCUUCACGCCCGUCUCGGAAUUUCGCGACGAGGCAUAUAUCCCGAGUUUGGUCCUGAAAGUCUUGCGGGAGGGUAAGCCCAGCCUCAUGGAGUACAAGAGCACGUGGCACACGGAGCAUGUGGUGAUUCCUGCGCUGGAAAAGUAUGAGAAGGAACAGAUCGAGAAAGAAAUGAUCCCGCCGGAUUGGACGCCGAAUACGUUAGAUGAGGCGCCGUAUUUCCCGGACUGGGAGGAGAAGUGGCAUCGUCAGCAGGGCUACUGAGGUUCAGCUGUACAGUCUGUGGUUGAUUUGAAAGCAUAACUUAUGGAGUGGAUGGACAAAGUCUGUGUUCGGUAGUUAGCUAGCAGGAUUGGUGACGCCUUCCUAUUUUAAUGUAUUCCAU